CCCUCGUCCCGUUCUGCUCGUGGAGAACAAUAAUGUUUUCUCAAGACGGCCACUUUUGUGUCACGGAUGGACUGCCGUGGACUUUGUAACAUCCAGCCCACAUUACAAGGAGUGACUUUAUUUCCGUUUUUUUUGUCAGAUGGGAACAGGUGGAAAUAAGUGAAGGAAGAGAGUGGAGGUAGAGAGAGAGAGGCAGACAGAGUGGACAGGGGAGAGAGGACACGACUCCAGGUCUAUGGAAAUGCAGGAUCUAGCCAGUCCUCACAGUCGUUUAAGUGGAAGCAGUGAUUCUCCUAAUGGUCCGAGCCUUGACAACUCCCAUAUCAAUAACAAUUCCAUGACACCCAAUGGCACCGAAGGUGAUAGCAUCACAAUGCUUACCACUGCAGACUGGCUGUUAGGUUCUAGCUCACAGUCUGCUGCAGAACAAAUGAGCAGCAGUGACAUCUCCACCUCUGUAGCAGACGCCUCUCUGGACAGCUUCUCAGGAUCAGCUAUUGGAACCAGUGGCUUCAGCCCAAGACAAACCCACCAGUUCUCUCCGCAGAUUUACCCUUCGAAUCGAGCGUAUCCACAUAUUCUUCCGACUCCUUCAUCCCAAAAUAUGGCGGCGUACGGGCAGACGCAGUACACCACAGGAAUGCAGCAGGCCAGCGCGUACGCGAGCUACCCACAACCUGGCCAGCCCUAUGGAAUCCCAGCCUACGGCAUAAAGACGGAGGGCGGGCUCAGCCAGAACCAGUCGCCGGGCCAGGCGGGCUUCCUCAGCUACGGCUCCGGCUUCACCACGCCACAGACGGGCCAGGCGCCGUACAGCUACCAGAUGCAAGGCGGUACUUUUACGACGGCAUCAGGGCUGUACCCAGGGAGCAACUCUCUGACCAACUCGACGGGCUUCAACAGCACACAGCAGCAGGAGUACCCUACGUACCCGGCGUUUGGCCAGGGCCAGUACGCCCAGUACUACAACACCUCGCCCUACACCUCGCCCUACAUGACGAGCAACAACACCAGCCCAAGCACGCCCUCCACCACCGCCACCUACACCCUCCAGGAACCCCCCUCCACCAUCACCAGCCAGGCCCUCACCGAGAACCCCCCAGUGGAGUACAGUACCAUCCACAGUCCAUCAACCCCCAUUAAAGAUUCAGAUUCGGAUCGAUUGCGCCGGGCCUCGGACGGGAAGUCACGUGGUCGGGGCAGGAGGAACAACAACCCCUCACCGCCGCCGGACUCCGACCUUGAGCGGGUGUUCAUCUGGGACCUGGACGAGACCAUCAUCGUUUUCCAUUCGCUGCUGACGGGCUCCUACGCCAACCGAUACGGCCGGGACCCGCCCACGUCCGUCUCACUGGGUCUGAGGAUGGAGGAGAUGAUCUUCAACCUGGCUGACACGCACUUAUUCUUCAACGACCUGGAGGUACGUCUGCUCGUCUGGGGGCUUUCUCGAAGGCCAACGCGCUUUCAAAGUCUCGCACAAGCUAUUCUCUUUUAUCUAUUUCUUCUAUUUGUUCUUCAGAGUUUCUCUUUUGCACCUUUUUGCGAAGGAACCGAUAAAGACGUAGACAGGGGGUCACAAAAAAUAGACUUUACAUUAGGAAUGGAGAACCGAACUGUAGCGAUGUGUCCGUCCGACGCGGUGACGGGGCGUUCUGUUUCUUAGUACCAGUCUAUUUUCAGUGAGCAGUCCCGUUGUGGUGAAGUAUUACCCAGGAGACACCAUGAAUUUAACAUGGGCUGUCAGUCUCGGCCCUCCCCUGAUGAACCAGCUCCCCAACACA